GUGAAGCAAGAGCUCAACUCUUAACAGGGAUGCUGUUUGUGGCUCUGUUACUGGAAAAUGCGAUGACCUUAUUAACAAGGUCAAAGUUGUGUAGACACAGGAAUUACAAAAUUGAGGAGGGGGUGGAGUGAGAUACUGCGGACAUAAAAGCAUCAGCAGGAGGCCCCCACAGUACUUCUCUUCCAAAGCCAGGACAAACCGAAGAUGAGAGCCCUGGGAGCUGUCAUUGCCCUCCUGCUUUGCGGGCAGCUUUUCGCAGUGAGCACUGACAGUGAGGCCACAGAUCAUGCAGAGGUCAGUGUCCCAAAGCCCCCAGAGAUUGAAAAUGGCUACGUGGAGCACUUGGUUCGUUACCAGUGUAAGCCCUUCUACAGACUGCGCACUGAAGGAGACGGACUGUACACCUUGAACAGUGAGAAGCACUGGACAAACAAGAUCAUUGGAGAGAAGCUGCCUGAAUGUGAAGCAGUAUGCGGGAAGCCCAAGAACCCGGUGGAUCAGGUGCAGCGCAUCGUGGGUGGAUCCGUGGAUGCCAAAGGCAGCUUUCCCUGGCAGGCCAAGAUGGUCUCCAACCAUAACCUCACCUCGGGGGCCACCCUGAUCAACGAACAAUGGCUGUUGACCACAGCUAAAAAUCUCUUCCUGGGCCACACGGAUGAUGCAAAAGCAAAGGACAUUGCCCCUACUUUAACACUCUAUGUGGGGAAAAAUCAGCUUGUGGAGAUUGAAAAGGUGGUUCUCCACCCUGACUACUCCAAUGUCGAUAUCGGGCUCAUCAAACUCAAGCAGAAGGUGCCCAUUGAUGAGAGGGUAAUGCCCAUCUGUCUACCUUCCAAAGAUUACACAGAAGUGGGGCGCAUGGGCUAUGUGUCUGGCUGGGGGCGGAAUUCCAACUUGAAUUAUACUGAGCUACUCAAGUAUGUCAUGCUGCCGGUGGCUGAUCAGGACAAAUGUGUACAGCACUACGAAGGCAGCACAGUGCCCGAGAAGAAGUCACCCAAGAGCCCCGUGGGGGUGCAGCCCAUACUGAACGAGCACACCUUCUGCGCCGGCUUCUCCAAGUUUCAGGAAGACACCUGCUACGGUGAUGCUGGCAGUGCCUUUGCUGUUCACGACCAGGACGAGGACACGUGGUACGCGGCCGGAAUCCUGAGCUUUGACAAGAGCUGUACUGUGGCCGAGUACGGCGUCUACGUGAAGGUGCCCUCCGUUCUGGCCUGGGUUCAGGAAACCAUGGCGGGUAGCUAAUGCUGGCCGGCUGGCAGUGCUUGCCCGAGGGCCAGAACUCACUCUGGAAGAGGGGAAAGCAGAUGGCAGUGGAGGGGAGAAAACACGGUGUGAGGCGGUGCUGAGCCAAUAAAGAGCUUUCUUUUGAGUCA